CUUCCAGUUCUUAAACCCACUUUCGCCACAUCUCUGCGCCUGUUCCAUCGUCGUCCUUGGCUGUCAGCCAGGUUCAAGACAAAAUUAGGCAGGAAGUAGAUGCAGGCGUUCCUUUGAAAUAUGGCACCGCAGUAUAGUGAUGCCCCUGAGCCCAUUUCUGCCUCAUACCCAGAGGUUGUACCAACACCGCAGCACCAAGCUCACACCUGGCAAGCUCCGUCACAACACCAACCAGGAUACAUCAACGAUGGAUCGACCCCGGUAACAUCAAAACCAGGACAGCCAUGGUCAUCACCACAAACGUCAUAUAAUGGUGCGCAGGGUAGCGAUCGGGGGUAUGACAGCCACAACGGCACAUACGCAGGAAGCACGAUGGUCUUCAAUCCGGAAAAGACCCAUAUGGAGCUUCCUGCGGCAGAAAAGAUCAAAAAGAAAACAUUGUGCGGCUGCUCGGUCAUCGUGUUCAUUUUGAGCGUCAUCAUAGCCGUCCUGAUCGGCGCCGUCGUUGGUUUGGCUAGUGGGACAGGGAUUCAAACGGCUCGGUUCAACGAAGCAAACGAUAAACUUCAAAGUCUUGAGGCAUCAAUGGCGUCAAAAUCGUUCCCAACAGGGACAGGAAAUGCACCUGCGGCGACAACGACCGCCGUGAUCGACAAUGGCUGUAGUAGCAACCCUACAGCCGUCAACGGGAAAGAUUACACUGCAUUUGAGUUGCUGGGUUCCACCAUUUUCACCAUGAGGUGCGGUAAAGACGUUAAUGCGCCUGUCCUAAUGUCCCUGUUUGUGCCGGACUUCAAUUCAUGCAUGGACUCUUGUUCGUCCUGGACCACAUACGCGCCCCGGAUGUUUGGAAGUAAUGACAACACUACCUGCACAGGAGUGAGUUUCAUUCCACUGUGGACGAACAAGACUAUUGCGCUGAAAGGCGGAGCGCCGGGCAACUGCUAUCUCAAGAAGAAUGCCAGCACCGGCUCAUUCCAGACCGGAAAUGCUGGAACACCCGUCCACGGUGCGGUCGUGACGCUCCUCUAAGAUUUCGAUUAUGAUUGGUCAUUGGCGUCUUCACAAAGUCCGUCGAUUUUCCGAGUUGAACAAAGAUGAAAGAUUUGGUUUGUUUCAAGAUUCGAGCGUGUGUAAAUACCUAUAUACCUCUCUCUUAAAUUGGUACUCUUUCAUCAUACUCGGAUUCAACAGAAGGUUAAUUAGGUCGUGCAAUACUGUGUUCCACUUCCAAAGUCGCAGCUCU